AUGGGUAGGGACGACGAGCCGGUUGAUUCUAUGGAUAUUGACGGCCAGAAGCAGCAACAGCUAGAAGCCCUCACUGCUGUACAGAGGGGUUCAGCACUGACUAUCUCCGAAUCUACUAUGUGUAGCGGAAAGCUCUUCCCCUAUGGUGAUUUCUUCAAAUGGCUUUGCUAUGGAAAUGAUGGAAAGCACCCUGGAUGUGAUCAGUCAUAUGUUGGACGUCGGGAGUUUUCACUUACACUGGAGAAUGACAUCUACCUGUGCUUCCAAUCCUUUGAUAAUGCUACUGAAUUGGAGAGUUCUAUUAAGGAGAAGUGCCCUUUCAAGAUUGAUAUUGGACCUGUCUACAGUGUAGAUCCUUCAAAGCAUCAUGCUUAUGCCCAAUCUGGCAAUAAUGUCUUUGUACCGGUGGAAAGGGAACUAAUUUUUGACAUUGAUAUAUCUGAUUAUGAUGAUGUUCGCUACUGCUGCUCUGGAGCUGAUGUCUGCUUAGAUUGCUGGCUGUUAAUGACAAUUGCUAUCAAAAUUUUGGAUACUUCGCUUAGAGAUGAUUUUGGUUUCAAUCACAUACUCUGGGUAUACAGUGGGAGUCGUGGUGUCCAUUGCUGGGUCUGUGAUAGCAGAGCAAGAAAGCUCAGCAAUGAACAAAGGGCUGCGAUUGCUGACUACUUUCGAGUCUACAAGGGUGGUGAAAAUGCGCUAAAGAAAGUAUCCUUGGCUGGACCUGUCCUCCAUCCUUUCCUAGCGCGGUCAUACACGGAUGUUCUUAGAAGCUUCUUUAAUGAUAAGUUGCUCCUUAACCAACAACUCUUUGCAUCAGAGGAGAGAUGUCAGAAGAUUCUUGAUCUUAUCCCUGACAAAAAUGUUGCUAGUGAGCUCCAUGGCAAGUGGCAGGGAAACAGACGAUCUUCUCUUUCAAAGGAAGAUGUCAAUGCAACCAGAUGGGAUCAAUUGAAGACGACUUUACAGUCAGGAAAGCACAAGACUCAAGGGCUUCGUAGAUGUGUGGAAGAGAUUGUCUUCUCAUACACAUAUCCUAGACUUGACAUGGAGGUAUCAAAGCACAUGAAUCAUUUACUAAAAGCUCCCUUUUGUAUACAUCCGAAGACAGGUCGUGUUUGUGGUCCAAUUGAUCCCAAUAAUUGUGAUGAUUUUGAUCCUGCAGCCGUUCCAACUCUAUCACAGGAGGAACUGGAGAGUGCAUACAAUGCAAAACUCCAGCAAUCCAAGAAUUCCUUGAACUCGUAG